CUCAGGGUUGCAGCGUGAAGGUUGGCGUGGCCUUGCGCGAGCGCCUUUGCUGAAGAAAUGGAGAUAGGAGAAUCGAUUGGAGACUAUACGGUGUGCUCCGUGUUGGGGGAGGGGGGGUUUGGCCGGGUGCUGGUCGUUCGAGAUCGACAUGGAGAAGAGUGCGUGUUGAAGAUGAUGCGCCAGGAGAGACAGAACUCUGAGAUGGAGUUCGAGAAGCUGAAUGAGUUGUUGUCCAACGAGGUCGCCAGCAUGAAGGUUUCGGACCACGAGAAUGUGGUUCAGCUGAUAGAAGUGUUUCAAAGAGGGAGUUGGAACACGGAUUGUUGCAUUGUGAUGGAGAAGUGCGACACGGACUUGUACAAGUGGCUUAGAGGGGGGUCGAGGAAGCGCGUGUUGAGCGAGUUUGAGGCGAGGUGGGCGUUGUCGCAAGUGGCGUGCGGCCUGCGUUCAAUUCGCCAGAACGAUUUCAUUCACCGAGAUUUGAAGCCGUCUAAUUUGCUGCUGAAGAUGGACAACGGAGAGGAGCCGGAUUCGAUAUUGUCUUACACGGUCAAGCUUGGAGAUUUUGGCUUGUCCAGAGCGUUGAAGGAGGAUGAGCAGGCGCACACGUUGCUUGGCACCAAGUUUUAUAUGGCGCCUGAGACGUUGAGUCGGAAUUACAGUUCUUCGGUGGACAUGUACUCGUUUGGCGUGAUUGCGUGCGAGUUGUUGACAGGAGAGACGCCAUCUUGGAGCGUCAACCAAAAGGGAAGUUGUAUUGACUUGGAUGCUAUUCUGUCGAGGUGUCCCUCGCUGUCCGAAUCCGCUAGGUCGUUUUUGAGGGGGACCAUUGCGUUUGUCGACACCAGAAUGCAAUGGGACGAAUUUUUCAGACAUGAGUGGAUUCGAAAGGACAUAGAGUUGCAAGAGUGCAUCAACAGAGUCAAGCAAUACGCCAGUUGGAUAGAGUCAGUGGAUUACGUUCUACAGAAGGCGCCGACGAGUUUCUCCCAUUGUUUUUACAUUGCGAUAUCGGCUAUGGAAAUUUGCUACAACGCGAUGUCAACGGUCGUUCCGUCCGAGUUAUUCGAGCCGAGAGACCAGCGCUUCCAGCUGCUGAACGCGGUCAUUGAGAGGCAUUACCCGGUGUUUUGCCAUCUCAUGGGUCGAAUGCUCGAGCACGCGAAGAGGUCGCAACACGCCUAUCAGGAGAUUACGCCUUUGUUUAGACGAAUAAUUAAUUAUUCUCAAAGUCCUGUCGUUCUUGUACCCCAUUUUGCUUCCAUUCUGUUUGAGGAAGUGAUUCAUCUGAGAGACGUGUCGACGUCCGCGAACGGCUUGCUGGACAACAAGGCGGCGAUGCACGCUCGUCGGUGCCUGCUCCUCAUCUUGGACGUUCUCGGCUCGUCUGACGAGGGGCAUUCUCACCCGCGCCCCUGCCCGGCGAUGACGGAUGGCCAGAGCGCGAGGGCGUGCAGCAACCGGUUGCACGAGUCGAACGUCAGAACGGUCCGCCAGUUCAUGCAAGAAAUCAGCAAUGCCAGUCUCGGCACGUUUCUCCCGUCUUGACAGAUCUUGCACACGUCGUUUUGUGCAGUCACAAAAAAAUUUUUUUAAGGUGC